AUGUGUGAUGCUCAACAUGAGAGAGUAAUAGCCUUGAAUCUUGGGGAGAUGGGUCUCAAGGGAACUUUGCCCUCAAAAAUUGGGAAUUUGUCUUUUUUGGUUGAACUUGACCUUCAUAGUAAUAACCUUUAUGGUGACUUGCCAAAAGAGUUGAUCCAAUUACAGAAGCUACAAAUUCUCAACUUGAGCUACAAUGAAUUCAAUGGAGAAAUUCCAACUUGGAUUGGAAGCUUAUUUAUGCUUCAGCACUUCCAUCUUCGUAAUAAUAGUUUUGGAGGUGUUAUUCCUAAAAGCAUAUCCAAUUUGUCAAAGUUAGAGACCUUGAACUGGAAUGAUAACUUUGUUGAAGGAUUCAUUCCAUUUGAAAUUGGAAAGCUUCAAUGUUUGAAGAUUUUACAAAUUGCAGUAAACAAGCUUUCAGGAAGAAUACCUCCAACUAUUUCUAACUUAUCCUCACUUGAGAAGUUGUCUUUGCCUUACAACUUCUUAACAGGAGACAUUCCAAUAGAGAUUGGUCAUCUUCAAAAUCUAAAAAUUCUAUAUUUGGAUACUAAUAAGCUUUCUGGCCACAUACCAUCAAAUAUCUUCAAUAUAACAGAGUUGCAAGAGAUUGAUUUAAGCUGGAAUAAUUUUCAGGAAGUAUUCCGUCUAAUAUAUGUCAUGGACUUCGAAAUUUACAAUUUCUAUAUCUUGAAGUCAAUGAAUUAUUAG